AUGUAUUGCAUAGCUGUCGAAGGGAUUUUCCAUUUCUUCAUGCGAAUUUUUCUCGUUUUCAUUGUAAUUUUCACAAUUCUUCACGAAAUUAUUGAAUGUCGAGGUGGCCGACGUGCUGGUAAAGGCAAAGGCAAAAGUAACCUGCAAUUUGCACAGGUUGCUGAAUUUUCACUUAUUCAAACACCACCAGCUGAUAAUCGAAGUGCAUAUAUAAUUACUGGCUCUCAUUUUAGUCAAUCAUUUCGACUUGGUUAUAAACUUGUAUUAAUUUGUAAAGCGAAAGGUUCACCAAGACCAACUAUUAAAUGGUAUAAAGAAGGAACAGAAAUGCAUCCAAAGUCAAGUGCUCAUUACUAUGAAAAGCCAAUCGGUGAAUUUACAAUGUGGAGUAAAUUGGAAAUUGACCCUGCAACAAUGGGCGAUCAAGGAAUAUAUGCGUGUGUUGCAAAUAAUGAAUUUGGUGUUAUGGCGAAAAAUUUCAAAGCCGAAUUCACCUAUUAA